GGAGGGCGGCCCGGAGGGCAGCGGCCCUGGCCCGCGUGUGCGGCCCUCUCUCGCCCUCCAGCACCGCUCUGGCUGUGCCCCGGCCCCGCCACACGCGCAGCCAUGGUGGGCCGGCUGAGCCUGCAGGAUGUCCCCGAGCUCGUGGACACGAAGAAGAAGGGCGACGGCGUCCUGGACAGCCCGGACUCGGGGCCCCCAAGCCCUAGCCCCAGCCACUGGGGGCUCGCGGCGGCGGCGGGGGGCGGCGGUGGGGAGCGCGCUCCGGUCCCUGGGGCGCUGGAGCCCGACGCGGCGGCGACCCCAGCGAUCCCGAACCCAGCAUCUCUGACCCACUCGCUGGCUGCCAGCUGCUCACCACGGCUCUGUCCCCUGUCCUUCGGCGAAGGAGUUGAGUUUGACCCCUUACCACCCAAGGAAAUAAAGUACACCUCCUCAGUCAAGUAUGACUCUGAGCGGCACUUCAUCGAUGACGUGCAGAUGCCCCUGGGGCUGGCGGUGGCUUCCUGCAGCCAGACAGUCACCUGUAUCCCCAAUUGCACUUGGCGAAACUAUAAGGCUGAGGUGCGCUUCGAGCCCCGCCACAAGGCCGCACGCUUCCUCAGCACCACCAUCAUCUACCCCAAGUACCCCAAGACCGUCUACACCACCACUCUGGAUUACAACUGCCACAAGAAGCUGAGGAGGUUUCUGUCCAGUGUGGAGCUCGAGGCCACGGAGUUCCUGGGUAGCGACGGUCUCCCAGAUGAAUGCUGACUCAGUCUAGCUGCCUGAGGCUGGGCCAGCUGGUCAUCCACUGCCCUGGUCCCCAGACCACUCUGGACAAGUUGGGUAGCAUUGCUGUUGCAUAUCAUCCCAGCCCAGAGGAGUCUGACCUAGAGAUACCUCUAAGCCUAGCCAGGGAAAGAAGAAAGAAAAAAAAAAUCACUGCAUCUUAUAAUAAUAGAGAAACUUGGCUUUGUUUAAAAUUUUUUCAGAUAGUUGUUUUUCUUUAAGGAGCAGAUAUAUGUAUGUCCUGGCUGGUUGAUGCAGUUUCCCCAAAGUCUCAAUUUGAUGAGAAAAUAAAGAUAGGCAGAACAAUGGCAUCAGGACCAGCUGAGGUGAGCUUGUCCUCCAUUUUCUGACCAAGGAAGGAAGUGGAAAAGUCUCUGGAACAGAAAAAGUGGGUUUUAAGAAAUUUCAGCCAUGCAUAUCUUCAUUGCCGGAAAAAAAAAAAAAAAAGAGUAAAGGAGCUAC